GGAAAAUCCUUCUCCCUUCGCGUUCUCGCAACCUUCGCCAAAUUCAGACCGAGGGGAGAUUACUGUGGCUCAUGGCCUUGCACAUUCACCCCAAGUACUAAUCAGAACGGCGCAAUGCACUCCCACAUACGGCCGCACACCCAUGUCGUGCUGCGACUGCCCUCGGGCAUCCUGAAGGUGCUGGAGAUUAAACCGAAUACAAAUAUUAAUAUUGGCAAAUUCGGGACCUUCCCUGCGAACCUAUUACUCGGCCGUCCGUAUUACCUCACCUUUGAAAUACUGGACAAAGAAGACGGCCGCUCGAAGACUGAAUUGCGCGUCGUGCCUGCUGCAGAGCUCCACGCGGAGGCAUUAGGAAGCGACCAUGUGACACCCGCUGAAUCGAGAGAGGAGACUGUGGAAGGUGGGGUCGAAUUCGAUAUCGUGCGGGAUGAUGGGGAAGUCAUAAUGCGGAGCAACCGCCUGACGCUCGACGAUCCAUCACGGCAAACGCUAUCCAUGGAAGAGAUCGAGGAGCUCAAGAAAGCUGGAACGACGUCGGGCAAGGAGAUCAUCGAAAAGAUCAUGGCGUCGCAUUUGGCUAUUGACGAGAAGACGUCGUUCUCAUUGGCAAAAUAUACGCUGCGGAAGUCGAGGAAAUACUUGAAGAGGUUCACGGUCCUACCGCUGGAUAUCGGAAUGCUCACCGAGUUCAUCACAGAGAGGGAGGCUUAUAAAAUCAUGGAGCUAAGAGAAGAAUCGUUGGGACUGAUAAGCAGCUGGGCAAACAUCCACUGUGGGUCGGCAAGCCGAGUUUUAACAGCUAGAGACGGGGUAAGCCAGAUAGGAGGGGGAAGGUGGCUUGUUGUGGACGACACUGGAGGUCUGGUCGUUGCAGCAUUGGCGGAGAAGAUGGGGAUACUCUAUCCAAACAAGGACGAAGACCAACCGUCCGGAGAGGUUAGUCCUGUCUCGGAAGCUACCCUUUCGAACGGGCCUAAACAGCAGGACGCCACAUUAAAUGGUGGAGAGAAGGCUCGAGCUGCAGAAACCAGUCAAGGACUCCCGCAAAAUGGACUUGAUAUUGAAAUGGCGGACGCAGAUGUUCCCGCCUCCGCACCUCAAGAAGCGCAAUCCUCAGACCCCACUUCCGACCCCGCGAACUCCCAAUCUGCCAAUGACCCUCCGUCAACCUCUCCUUCCAAAGAGCCUGCUAACUCAAAAACCCCAUCACUUCCCCGCAAACCCCCUCGUCCACACAUCCCCCAAUCCGCCUUCCCCACCAACACCCUAACUAUCAUCCAUACAAACAGCCAGCCCAACCUCUCCCUCCUAAAAUACUUCUCCUUUGACCCCGGCGCCCCCACCCCCUCGCACCCACUCUACCACCACCUCAAAUCUGUCUCCUGGCUCCAACUCCUCCACCCUUCCGAAGACCCUUCCUACAUUGAACCCGAACCCCUUUCCGAAGAAGUCCUCGCCAGCCUAAAAUCUUCGAAGCGGGGGAACUACUACAGAAAGCGGCGACGAUGGGAACGCACAUCCCGAGUCGUCGACGAGACUCGCAGAGGAGGGUUCGAUGGACUAGUCGUGGCCAGUGUGAUGGAUCCUGCAACUAUCCUCAAAGCACUCGUUCCUUUAGUUAGAGGUGCUGGGAGAGUCGUCGUAUAUAACCCGAACGCUGAGCCGCUUGUCGAACUCUGCGAUUUCUAUAGCAAGGAACGACGCACUGCUUACAUUUCCCGACAGACCGCACAUCUGGGUAAGGGAACUGGAUUGGGAAUUAAGUCCGAAAACGGGGGAAACGGGGAGGAUGACGUCGAAGAUGCGGACGAUUUCCCGGUUAAUCCGACGUUGUUGCUAGCACCGACACUGCAGACGGCCAGAGCGAGACAUUGGCAGGUAUUACCUGGAAGAACACAUCCAAUGAUGACGAGUCGAGGUGGUGCGGAGGGGUAUUUGUUUACAGCGACGAGGGUGUUACCGGCUGAAGGGAAGGUGGAGGCGAGGGGGCAUGGGAGGGGGAAGAAGAGGAAGGUUGCAGUUGGGCCUGAUACCGCGGUGUCGGUAUAGUGCCGUACUGAUUUUGAGAGAUUUGGUGAUGUGAGGAUGGGUUGGUAGAUUUUAAAGUCAAAAUAUGGCUGACGAUACCAAUCAGCUUGACUCAAGAAUGCCU